AUGGGCCUAGACAUGUCCAGUGCCUUCGAUACUAUCAGUAGGCAGACUGUGCUCAACCUCCUAGAGGACGCAGGGUGCACAAGAGAUGAGAUCAGACUAGUGAGAUUCCUCCUGAGCAACACCAAGAUCAAGGUGCGAGUCAACAACGCUACCUCCCUUGAAUUCAUCAGCACCAACGGAGGACCCCAAGGUGAUAGUGUUUCAGGCCUCUGUUUCACAAUCACUCUAGCUGGUGCCUGCUACCACCUGCGUGCCGUGACGCUGCGCCCAACCCCUCCUAUUAACCCUAGCGGCAUGCCUGAAGAAGAUGCCUACUCUGAUGACAUCGACUAUCUUGGUGAAGACAAAGAUACUCUAGAAGCCCUUCUCCCUAUCGCUACUAAGGUGUUCAAAGAGUGGAAUCUGAAUAUUAAUGAAUCAAAGACAGAGUUUGUACACGUCUACAUAGCUGGGAAAGAUGAGGUCAUGGAUGAUGGUAAACCCCUUAGAAUGAAUGAAGAAUGGUGCAGUAGCAAGUUGUUGGGUUCUCUGCUAGAAAGUAGGAAAGAUGUCACCAGAAGAAUCAUGUUAGCCAAUGUAGCAUUCCAGAACUUCAAGAAGGUCUGGUGCCAGAGUAAGAUCCCCCUACAGAAGAAGCUGAAGGUCUAUAAGGCCCAAGUAGUAUCUAUCCUCAUGUAUAACUCUAGUUGCUGGGGAAUGCCUAAAUCGUACUGGGACAAACUAGAUGCAUGUCACCGUAACCACCUCAGAAAGAUCAUGAAUGUCAGCUGGCCACGCAGUAUGAUGUCCAAAGAUACCCUAUACAAACAGAGUAACUCUACCCCUAUGUCCGAGCGUGCUGAGUUAUCUAGGUGGAAGAUGCUAGGACACAUACUGAGGAGCGAUGAAAGAUCACCAGCUCAAGCUGCUCUGUGCUUUGCUGUCGAGAUGUGUAGUGAAGUUGGUAGACUCGGGGCUCACAGACGUAACCUCCUACACCACCUGAAGCUGAAGGUUGACCUCUGGAAGCGUUUCAUCCUGCUGGAGUUGUAUGAUGAUAUUCUUCAUUUGAGAGAACUUGCUAGUAACCGUGGUUAUUGGAGUAAAUUAUUCGAUUUUAUACUUGAGUACAAGUCAAUUUGA